UGAAGCUUUACUAUGGAACAGAGCGGUCAAGCGAACAUGGUUCCCUACCACAUGUCAAACGGCAGGUUUCGGCAGCUGUGGACUCUCUUGCCUCCUCCGACCAGCCUCCCCUGAGCGUGGGAUGCUUCCACCGAAGAGGAGGGGAAAAAAGCUCAACCUGGCCCUAACGGCUGCCUUCGCUUCGCCUCGCCGAGAAACGUGGCUUCCCUCAGAGACACUGGCGGUCACCACAGCCGUGGCCACACCCCUCCGACUUUCAGACUUCCAGCAGCUGAUUGGUCGUCAAGAGGAACGUGCUCCUCUGUCGGAGGGGGGGCGAUCCACUGUGACGCAACAGCAUCCACAGACCCUGCACAUUAAAGCGGAAGAGGAGGAACUAUGGAUCACCCGGGAGGGGGAGUGUCCUCUAGGGCCGGAGGAAACCGAUCUCACCAAGUUGCAACUAAAUGUUGGCUCUGUGAAGACUGAAGAUGAUGGAGACAAACCACCUGAGUCCUUUCAGCUUCAUCACAGUCCAAAUGUCCACAAGCUGAUUGGUCAUCAAGAAGUAUGUUCCCUUCAGCCGCUAGGUGGAAGUGCCAUUUUUAAGCGUGAGGAUCCACAGCCCCCUCACUCUAAAGCGGAAGAGGAUGAACUCUGGAUCACUCAGAAUGAAGAAAGUAUUUUAGGACCACCGACUGUUGUCUCUGUGAAGGCUGAAGACCAUGAAGACGAAGCACAAGCGGACAACCUCUUCGCACUACUCUCAGACAGUGAAGACACAACGUCAAACUCUUCCGAAGAUGAAGAACAGGACAACGCCGAAGAACCAUUGAGCAGCGAUACAGGCUAUGAAGGUGAUAUGAGGACUCACACGGACAUCAAAAACUCCAAAAGUGCUAAAAAGAGGACCUGCUUCACCUGCCCAGUUUGUGGCGAAUUGUUUUCUUAUAAGAAUGAUUUGUCUCAACACAUGAGAACCCAUCCGGAAGAAAAACUUUUUAGUUGCUCAAUAUGUCGUAAAAGAUUCUCUCGGAAGUCAGUCCUUACAACACAUAGAAAAACCCACUUGGCAGUAAAACCUUUUAAUUGUUCAGUUUGUGGCAAAGGAUUCACUCAAAAGGCAGUAAUGAUAUCGCACAAAAGAACACACACAGGAGAAAAACCCUUCAAAUGCUCCGUUUGCGGUAAAAGAUUCUCUCGCCGUUCGGGUGUGGUGUCGCACAUGAGGACACACACGGGAGAAAAACCUUUUAUUUGCUCCGUUUGCGGCGACAGUUUUUCUCGAAAGCGCAACGUCACUCAACACAUGAGAACGCACACCGGAGAACGACCUUUUAGUUGUUCAGUUUGUGGGAAAAAAUUCACUCAAAAGUCCAACAUGGUCGCUCACAUGAGAAUACACACGGGAGAAAAACCUUUUCUUUGCUCACUUUGCGACGAGCGUUUUGUUGAUAAGGUGACAUUGAUUGCCCACAAAAGAGUACACACGGGUGAAAAACCAUUUAAUUGCUCAGUUUGUGGUAAAAGUUAUUCCUAUAGGAGAGAUCUGACAGCGCAUGUGCGGACACACACAGGAGAAAGAACGUUGAGUUGUACAGUUUGUGGCAAAAGUUAUUUUUAUAAGAGGAGUCUGACAGCACACAUGCAGACACACCACUGAAAAUAAACUUUGACUUAUUCAUUUUGUGCUAAGAAAAAUGUUAAAUCACAAGAGUAUUGCCCCACACGAGAAGUGUUGACAUCAGAUUCCCUCAUAGGUUCCAGGCAUGUGUGCCGAUACAAUCAGGAGCCAUUUUAAAAUUGUUGUUUUUUUUUAAAUGAAGUAGAAUGACUUAUUUGGGAAGAUUUUAUGAAUGAAAAAAAACAUACAUACAAACUACACAUGCUGUUUAUGUUAUGCCUUCUGUCCUCUUCAUUUUUUAUUUAUUGUUUUUAAUAUGUUGUGACUAUAUUGUAUUUGAUGUCAUUUUUAUACUAUUUGUCUGUCUCUACUCCACAUGUACAGGCAUUUUUUGUGUACACUCUUUGCAACAAAGAAUGUAUGCAACCUCUUAAAUGGAAGUUCAAAUGGGACAAAAUUAAAUAAAUAUUUAAACAAUUA